AUGCCGCGCGCGCCUGCAAGGACCUCUUGUCGUAAGAUCCCCGAGCUGCUUUGGGUGUUCACUGCCGCCAAGACCGACGUGAUUCUCGACGACCGCGAAGUGAAGACCGAUCAUACGCAACAGCGCGCUCAAGGGUGUGGCUGUGAGCUACCGCAGCUGAUUCCCUCCUUGGCGACCACAAGGCGAAAUUGGAGCAGCGGCUGGAGCUCGUGCGCGGACCGGCCGACCUCGCUGAUGCUGCGCGGGUGGCAGCGCGUCACGUGUCCGGUGGCGCUGGAGCUCGUGACCACCAACGUCGUGGCGGGCAAGCUCUCGCUGCUCUUUCAGUGCAGCUCGCUGCUGGAGAAGCCGGUGUACUACGGCGGAUCCGCCGUCACCUUCGUGCUCAUCGUGUCGUUCACUGCCAUGCUGUACACCGGCUUUUCCUGCUGCUGGCUUUUCGGCUGCACUGCGCCAGCAUGCCCGCGCCUUGGAUCUUCGGCGUGA